AUGUGGUACAUGCUGAAUUUUGACGUGCUUACCCCACUAGAUAAUAUCACAACAGUCCGCCCACUCGCAAAAUCUCUCUUCAAGUCGCUCUUUAGCUCGUCGGAGAUAUUUGGCCAAAUCAGAGACAAGAUUGGCCUUCUCGUAGCCGUUCUUGAUGGGACCGAGGAGCAUACGCAGGGCGUCCAUACAGAUACUGAACAGAUCCCCGGAUUGAAAGAAGCAUUGGAUCAUCGCAUGAAAAUUGAGCGAAUGUUGAGGGAUUUCAUGAAUGAAAUACGUACCGGCAAGCGCGAAUCGUCGACCUUGUCAACCGUGUCACUUUCAGCAGACGAGAAAGAGGAGUGGAGGCAACUUCGCAAGGAGCUACAGAGCAUCGGCAUUACUCCCGAAAUAUUUAACGAGAUCGGCUGCUUGAAACAGAAGCAGCCGACGGAGGAAGAAUCUUUUCUAGGCCCUCCUUGCGACGUUGCCGGUGGUUCUUUGAAAUCGGACAGCCAGGGUGACAUGGUGGCACUACCACAACAAAUUCGACCCAUUGCUAUUCCCGUCUCUGCAGCACAGCCCCAUGCAUCGUCCAAUAGUGCUCCGGUCGCAGAAAAGUCAAAUGAAAUGGUCUAUGAGGGUUAUACAUUCUUCAAAGCGGAUCCAAUCAACGGGACAAAGGCGACAUGGAUAUAUGUGGAACGGACUCGCAUAUGCCUCCCUCAAAAUGAAAUCUCCAUUAAGGUUCAGAAAAGGGCUCAUAGAAAAUCUGCAGCCCAGCAGUAUCAAGACUUAUCCGAUACUCACCAAGGUCAUGUUGAUCAACGGAUUCAUGAACGUCAGAAAGGCGAUCCCUCUGUCGAAUGGAUGUGCGUUUAUGUAAAAGAGCGCGAGAGACCUACGAAUCGGGAUAGAAAGUUUAUCUACUUCGCCAGCCAGCUGGACGAAACGACCUGUAUUGAAAAGCCAUCAUGCUUCAGUCCUUAG